UGAGGCGCUCCACGGAUUUAGCGAGCAUGCCCAGUGCGUCCCUCUCUGCAACAGUGGAAACCGCUGGUGAAGCAUAGGAGUCAUACCAAGCAUAGCCUGCGUGUCAGUGCAGUCGACUUACAGCUGGCUGUGAGGAGAACUGACGCUACUCUUAUUUUUGUAUUAUUUUAUUUCUUUGCGCUUUGUCACCGCUGCACACUUACCCAUAUUUCAAAAAGUAAACUUACUGAGAUCACUUUCCACACGGGUUAAAUUUUGUUGAGUUUCCACAGAAGUAAAGUUGGAGGCUGGGCCUUUAGCUUUUUUUACCGUCGCUUCAGAGGAGAAGGGGGAAAACAAGCUGGUCUUCUUUUUUUUUUUUCCCUUUGUUUUUAAUUAAAGCCCGAUAAAUGCUACUAAUGAAAAUGGACCUGUUGAACUACCAGUACCUGGACAAGAUGAACAACAACAUUGGCAUUCUCUGCUACGAAGGUGAGGCAGCUUUGAGAGGAGACCCCAGACUCCUGUCCCUGUCGUCUUCCUCCUCGUCUUCAUCAUCGUCCUCCUCAUCUUCCUCCUCCAGCCACAGGACGGGUCCUCCUCCCAUCAGCCCCACUAAGAGGAAGCUGAGUGGUGAUCAGGGGGACAGCGACAUGGAUGAAAACGAGCACGUGGCAAAGAUGAGUCGACUGUUUGCCGCGCAGCUGAAACCUAACGGGGAUUAUCGCAGCUCUCCUGGCUCCAAGGACCGCAGCAGGAGCCCCAUCGAACGUGUGGUGGUGCCCGGUGCUCUGGGUGUGCCGAGCAACCACAUGUACAGCCACCCCCAUCACCUCCACCUGGCCAGCUUAGCUACCAUGGACCAGCCACUGGCACUUACCAAAAACAGCAUGGUGGAGUCAGCACGCAGCAACACAGCAGCUAUGGCUACAGUACUGCACACAGUCAGCACUGUGGAACGCCAGCAGAAUCGUCCCUCAGUGAUCACAUGCGCCCCAGCAAACAACCGCAACUGCAACCUGUCUCACUGUACAGUCUCCCACAACGGCUGCUCCAACUUCACCAAUAACUACAGGAGAAGCAACACCAACACAGUGUGUGACCCUGUGAUUGAGGAACAUUUCCGUCGCAGCCUUGGGAAAAACUACAAGGAGCCCGAGCCCACCGCCACCAACUCGGUGUCCAUCACGGGCUCGGUGGAUGACCACUUUGCCAAGGCGCUCGGCGAAACCUGGCUGCAGAUCAAAAACAAAGGGAGUCCCUCGUCAUCUGGCAGCAGCCCAAACUCCUCCCCUGACAGUCGCAUGGUCAAUCACAACCACUCCCCUUCUGUCGUCUCCUGAAGGGGGUUGGAUAGACCCCAGUUUUCCCAAUCCUUAUCCUGGCUCUAACAUCCAUGCCCCCAUCACUUUGGUCUGUCACCAGCAUCCCAGAGGGAAUGCUUGUCUGCUGGUCUGCUAAAAAUAUCUAAAACCCUCAAGCCCGCUCUCUCACUGUGCACUCAUAGAGGAUCAAUCGAGCAAUAACAACACAGUCAUUUUUCCCAUCUGUCCUCUGGUAUGCUAAUGCCAGACAAUCAGUAAUGAGUGAUGAGGGUUUAGCCUGGAGCUUAGGUGGAGCAUGAGCUUGCUCCUUCCAGUCAUACAUCAUCCUGCAUGUCAAGCUUGGAGCUGAGCAAGUGUCUGUAGUUAUAUGUAAAUACGGAGAGAACGGAAAAGGAGGUGUUUUAAUUAUUAAUUUUUUUUCCUUUUCUUCUUUGUUGUUAUUUUUCUUUAACGGUAGUUUUGUGUACUUGCUUCUGAGUUAUGCAAUGCCCGACGUUUCAAAGGAAAGAUGAGCGAGAAACACUUUGGAGAAAAUGAACAUAAACCACCUGACUGUUCUACCAAAGAAACCUCAGACGCUGAUGUUUAUCCAUGCCCACCUCAGAAACAAAACAACAAAAAGCCAUCUUGCAAUCACCUCCCUCUGUUUUUAUCUUCUUUCAUCCUCUCACCUGCCUUCCCCCCCCCUCACUUUUCCUCUCUCUCUUCUGUGUAUGUGUUCUCGUGGUUUUGUUACUGUAUGUGUAUACUUAAGUGAUCGACUCGGUCUGAUUUGCACUACUGCCGUAGAGAGUAAAGCGUGGCAUGUCAUUUUGCAAUCUGGCACUGAACACACUGGGACGGAUGAGGCUGACUUUGAGACGAUGGCAUAUUAUCCCAACUUUUGUUGGAACAGCCAUUUUUGCAUCCCAUUAACUCCUCUCUGAAAUCUACCCGUGCACAUUUCCACCCCAGCGCUGGUAGAAAAGCGUGAACAAGGUCAUUAUCCAUUAUUUAUUGAAAGCACUUAGGAAAAUUUAAACAUGCCUUUAUGGGGUUGGGCAGUAGACGCAUGAUUCACAGCAAGCUUUUGACUAGCGUUUGUCCAUGCUCCAUCACUGAAACUUCGGUAGUGAAGCUGUUAGCUGAAAACACACACAUAGGUGAAAAACUUCAGAUACUGGGUGAUUCAAACAGCCACCAGCACUUCACUACAGCGUGGUUAUAUUGAGAGCUGCAAGUAUUAAUAUAAAUAAAGAGAGAAGUUAUUGGAGGGACUUAAAAAUUUACCAUCCACCAUUAGUCACCAAACUGCUACAUCAUAUUGUGAGAACAAGGUUAUAAGUAGGUUGAAUUAAACACUAGAAUUGCAGCUUGCAGAUUUGGUCUAAUGUGGCCAUAAGAUGUGUAAAUAUCAAUGUUUGUAUGUGGUUUAUACAGAUGCUUAAAAAGCAAAAGACCCCUCGGUUUGAUCCUGGGAGGUAUUAUAUUUUAACGUGUCAUGCUGCCCAGUCCUCUGGUAUCGGCUCUACCCACAUCCAGAUUCUUAUUUAAGCAGUGCUGAUUUGUAUCGAACAAUAAAAACUGUUGGCUUUCAGUUUAAGAGCACAGUCAGGUUAAAAAUGAAAAAAACCAUCAGCUACUGUGAUGUUCAUGGCCAUCACAACCGUAAUGAGAGGAGAUUAGGGUUGAAAACACUGACCGAGUGUGUUGAAGGCUGGGCUUUGCCGAACGACGUGCUUUGAUGUGUUUCACGGGCUUAACUGCUGACAGUGAUGAGGGGAUAGAUGACGCUGCAUGUCACUUUGUGGUUGAAAGAAAAAAAAGUCUGGUUUCUCGACCGGGGGAGAGAAGAUUUUUCAGAUCUCUUCAAACACACCUUUGUUUUUGUUGUUUU